CCGAGCCUAAAACUUCUUUCUCCCCAUCUAUCUCACUCCCCUCCUUCAUCCUUUGCGUCUCAACUUGUUCUCCCCACAUAGUACCGGUCAGAGUAAUCGCCAUUCUACCAGUUCAGAAUUGCAAGAAAGUGCAGCAGAUGGCUGGAGAUAAGAGAGGUAGCAUUGCCUUCUUCGCAACCUAUCGAACACCGGUGCCACUUCACUUAUUCUCGUGCCCAAAAUUGACGCCCAAGGACAAUGAAGUCCGCAUGAUUGAUGACAUAGACGAUUCCUACAACUACAACGGCCAAGAAAUUCCACCCGCAGCUCUCAAGACACUUCUCAAGCGCCCAAAAUUGGCUUCCUAUGGCAACGAGGCUGAUGUAGAUUCAGGUCGUCUAUCAGGCCUGGUUUUCGUCUCCGAACGAAGCGACCUUGAAUUGCUUCACAUAGCUCUCCGCUUCAAUUACGUCAACGCCCCCAAAGUCAAAGUCUUCAGCUUAGCUGAAGUUUUCGGCAAAGACGAUUUCAAAGGUGUUCGGAUGGAAGACAGUGCUUGCUUUGCCCAUGAUCACCUCAUCUAUGUCAGCACCAAGGAUCCUGCUACUGAACGUCGUCAGCCUUGGACUGCCGUUUAUAAGACCAAUCUUAAGACCGGAAAAACUUAUCGUCUCACACCUCGAGAGCAUGCUGAUUUAAGCCCCUCAGUGUCACCGUCUGGGAAGAAGAUAGCGGUGGCGUCGUUUGAGGGAAAGAAGGGUGGGUGGGAAGGUGAAAUCGAAGAUCUAAGGACUAACAUCUAUGUCAUGAACGUAGAGGAGCCCUACAAUCGCACUAAGGUUGUAGAGAAUGGCGGGUGGCCAACUUGGGGAAGUGACGAUGUCAUAUUCUUCCACCGCAAGGAUGAUCCCAUACCUCGUAAAAAUAACGACAAACAUCCCAAGGACGAAUUUUGGGGUGUGUACCGAGCCGACAUUGGCAAAGGUUUGACAUCAGUUACCCCUCGUAUGACCCCGGCCAAUAUUGAUGGGUUUACCCCGGCGGCCCUUGAUGCCAACACAGUGGUUGUUGUAACUGUUCGUCAAGAAUCAGGGUUAGGCGCAGCACGUGAAGAAGCACAGUUUAGACACAUUGAGAUUUUUGAUACAGCUAGAGGACCAAAUGGAAGCACAACAAUCACUCAAAACACUAGAUCUAAAGCGGAUCAUUUCAACCCCUUUGUGAUGGAUGGUGGGAAGCGCAUUGGUUACCAUCGUGGCUGGAGUGAGAAACUGGAGUUUGACAAAGCUGUUAAGAGACCGUUUCAGAAGCUUGACUGCCCACUGAAUGAUGUGAGUCUAUUCAGGGUGUCCGGAGUGUUUCCAACAGUCUCCAAAGACGGAACAAAGCUUGCAUUUGUCGACAAUGAGUUCAAGGCUGUGUGGGUCGCUGAUAAGCAAGGAUUGCAUAUUGCUUACGAGGAGGAGGGAGCGGACAGAGUCUUCUCCCCUGUUUGGGACCAAUGUGAGGACACAUUGUAUGUAUGUGUGGGACCUUCGUUUAACGCCAAGGAGCAAGUCAACAUCAUAGCUAUCACCAAAGUAUCAAAUUACAGACGACAAUCCCAUCCACUCACAGAUAGUUACAAUAAUGCUUUUCCAUCUAGCAGUCCAGACGGGAAGAGAUUAGUUUUCCGAUCAACAAGGAAUGGCGGAUACAAGAAUCUAUACAUUAUGGAAAACAAAAAAGAAGGGGUGUGCGAUGGAGUGGAACCAACAAGGCUAACAGAAGGGAAGUGGACUGAUACACAUUGUCAAUGGUCGCCGAAUGGAAAUUGGAUUGUAUUUUCGUCAACCCGUAGCAAACCUGAAUCAGGUGUACCAGAGACAGACAAUGGUCUUGAUCCAGGAUACUUUGGAGUGUUUCUAGUGAAUCCAGAUGAUCCGGAUGUGUGGAUAAGAGUGAUGAUAAGCGGAAGUGAUAUAUCAGGGCAUGUGAACCAUCCGUUCUUCAGUCCAGAUGGACUUAGCAUUGUUGUGACUUCGGAUCUUGCCGCUGUGACCGUUGAUCCCAUCUCUUUGCCUCUCUUCGAGCACUCUGUGAGGUCUUAUGGAGAUAUUUUCACUAUCGAUAUUGACACUAUCGAUAUUGACCCGAAUCACCCGAUUGACAAACAAAGGAUCAAGGAUGUGAAAAAGUUCACUCGAAUCACACAUAGUAGGUAUGAGAAUUCUACUGCUACUUGGACUAGGUUCUCGACUGAAGAUCCGAAUGCAUCAUGGAAGAUGUUUUUAAAGAAAGAAUCAGACUUCAUACCUGCAUGCCCUUAUGCGCAUCCUGAUGGUGGAGAAAGUUGGCACAUGACUGGCCACCUGAUCCUCCCAAGAAGAUGUUGUUGAUUGCGGUUGUGUUCCUCGCCUUCUAUUUUCCCUCUUGAGUUUUCCAUUUUGUUUCAAUACUAUCUAUCUACUUGUGUUUAUGUUAAUCCAAUAAUAAGAUUUCUCUGUGUUGUUUUCAAACUGGAUAAAUUAUUGGCUUUAGUUGCAGCUUUA